GUCACAUCCUGAUAGAAUAAGGAACUGCAUAACUGAUGUACACUUGUGCAGUACACUUCGUUGUACUUAGUUUGGUUACAAGCUAGUAGCAGUUGCACAUCAGCUGGAUAAACUUGAAUUAAAAAUGUUGAAGAGAAAACCAUCUAACGUGUCUGAUAAGGAGAAAAGUCAAAAGCCAAAGCGCACAAGCAGCUUUGGAAGCUUUGACCGUUUCAGGCAUCACUUGGUAUCAAAGACAGAUGAUUCAGCUGAGAUAUCUGAGUUGGAGACUAUAAGUGACAUUGGAGAUGCAGUACAAACUAAAGCAGCAAAUAAUGGAGGACGUUUGGGUAAGAAGAUGAGAGCCAUUUCCCUUACGAUGAAGAAAAAGAUGGGUAAAAAGUACAUCAAGGCACUCUCCGAGGAGAUGAAUGAAGAAGGAAAAGAUGACAGUGAUCCUGGUGGUGGAAUACACACUGAGAAGGUCUCCCUAAAAGCCAGUGACUCUAUGGAAAGUCUCUACAGUCUGAACAGUGGCCAGAGCUCAUCUAGUGGGGUGACCAGCUGCUCAGAUGGAACGAGCAACAGGGACAGCCUCCGGUUUGAUGACGAAGUCCCUUAUAGCGGGCCCUUCUGCGGUCGAGCCAAAGUUCACACCGACUUCACACCAAGUCCUUAUGACACCGACUCUCUGAAAAUCAAGAAGGGAGACAUUAUAGAUAUCAUCUGUAAAACCCCCAUGGGCAUAUGGACAGGCAUGCUGAACAACAAAGUAGGAAACUUCAAGUUCAUUUACGUGGAUAUUAUCCUGGAAGAGGAAGCCACACCCAGAAAGAUAAAGCCGCACAGAGGAAGCAAAAGGACCAAGCCUAAAACGUUGCAAGAGCUCCUGGAGUGUGUCCACCUGCAGGAAUAUGCCUCAACCCUCUUGCUAAAUGGCUAUGAAACUCUAGAGGACUUAAAGGAUCUACAUGAGAGCCAUCUGAUCGAAUUAAAUAUUUCAAACCCAGAAGACAGGGCAAGAUUGUUAUCAGCAAUUGAAAAUCUACAGGACUAUGACAUUGAACAACAGCAGAAAAGUGAGGGUGAUCAGGAGACGCAGAGCUUAAGCCCUCACCACAGCUUUGACAAAUCACAGUUAAAUGACUGCCCAAGAGAUUCUGGCUGUUACAUCUCAUCAGAGAAUUCAGAUAACGGUAAAGAAGAAGUAGACCCAGAAAUCCUGUCUGACAUGGUGCAGUCUAUAACAAUCACUGAGUCAAACUGAUUCAGUCCUGCUGCUUUUCUGCAGAUUUUCAGAAAAGACAGUCAGAUUUGCCAGUAUGAUGGCACAGAAGCACAUCACAAAAUAUUCUCAACACCAAAAAUCUACUUCUGUCUGAUGUAUCAUGCUCUAGACUGUUUAAUAUGUGAACACUUGAUAGUUAAAUGUUAGCUGAUAAUAAGAAUAUCUCAUGUUUUUCUUUUGAAUGAAUCCACAGACAUUUCACUGAAAAAGUUUAUAUAUAUGUAUUUAUAAAUAUUUGUACAGCAAAGGCAUUUUCUAUAAUAAUAGAGAAUUGUUUCAGGUAGUGGUACAUAAUCUGGACAUGUUCAUUUCUGGAACUGUCCAAAAUGUAAAUAUUGUACAUAUUUAUUUUAAAAAGAUAGGAAUUAAUCACACUGUCUCUAUUUCAGAUGUGUUUUGCUGAUAUUUGUACAGAAUGUAUUUUCAUCGAUAUAUCAUCAUAAUAAAAAGGUGGAUACAUUCACAUCCUACUUUGAAAAGUACCAAGUUAAUUCUUAUUAAUAUUAAAGCUGUUUCAUACCAUUCUUCUCCAAAACAGGCUCUAAAGUAGACUAUCAUCUCCCACACUUUAUCCUGGAGGUACGAAAGAACUGUAGUGUGAAUCUGAAUCAAGCUCUCUGUGUUCAUUAUCUUUUAGAAAACAUAGCCAACUGAAUGGCUUAUGCACUGGCAAUUUCUUUAUGGUUAUUUUCACACCUGUUCUCAUUCUUCCCAAGCAUUAUACAGAGAAUGCAAGCUUGGAGCGAAAAAAAAAUCAUAUCAAUGCCAUGCUUUUACAAUCAUUUUUUGUGAAGCUCUUGCCUUUUGUGCGUGAUGUGAAGUUUGUUAAUAGAGUAUUUGUUUGUGUACAAAACUUGGAAGCUAAUAUGGUUAUUGUGCACUGUUGUCUUUCAUAUGAGAUUUUAUUGUCAUUUCCCAGUAUAUUUUGCAGUGAAAUACACAUUUUAACUGCAUGUCUUCUUUUAGAGUACUUCCUUCAAUAAUAAACAGAAUCAUGUGUUUGA